AUGGCAAGCCAGCGCCUCCUCCUCCUCCUAAACCUAUUCCUCACGGCCAUCGUCUCGCGCGCCGGCGCAAAUGUUGCAGACGACAUGCAAUGGAUCACCCCCCUUGAUAAUUACUGCCUACAUGCGCCCAACGACACCAGACUCAUCAGCGUAGAGACGCUUGUGACAAAUGCUGGCUCGCUCGUCCACGAUCUCUGCAGCACUAGUAGUGCCCUCGGCAACGGUACCAGCUCCCUCAGCGUAACCUACGGUGUUCCGCCGGACCAGGGGAAGGUUCAUGUACCCUACCAGGCGUGCGUGUUACGAUACUCAAACGAGUCCGCGGCGGCCGAAGCAGCUUCUGUUUAUAUCGACGGUUCUGGCUCGGACUACGUCAAUAACACAGACAUGGUUCGCGUGAACGAGACGCGGUGGAGGCUCAUGAGCGGCCUCAUCGCUGACGCCUCUCGCUCGCCGCUGAGGUUCGGGAACCGCAGCCUGCCGUAUACGGAUUCGCGUGGCAACUCGCAGGUGAUGUACGGGCUGACGCAAUGCUCCAUGGACUUGGCACCAAAUGACUGCACCCAUUGUCUGCACACUCAGCUUAGGGAUCUAACGACAAACCUCACUAACAGCGCAGGUGGUAAUGCCAGGUCGUACAGUUGCUUCAUUGCAUACGGCCCCGGACCGCUCGAAAUCAGCCAACCUGAGCCCGACCUGAGCCCAAUGCGCGAUGACAGGAGGCUAAUAAUCUCCGUCACCGCCGCUCUCGGUUUCAUCUUCUGGCUGGCCAUAUCGGCGUGCCUUUGUUGGUGCUGCCUGAAUGGAAGAACCGACGAGCUGAAGCAACAAGACUUGUUCGGCGAUAAGGAAAUGAAAGAGGAGUUCAAGAAAGGGAGCAGGCCCAGGCGAUUUAGCUACAGGGAGCUGGCAAUUGCCACCGGCAAAUUUGCAGACAUCAGAAAGCUGGGCGAAGGAGGUUUCGGUUCGGUAUACAGAGGGCGCAUCAAGACCUUAAGCCUUGAUGUAGCAAUAAAAAGAGUGUCCAAAAGUUCAAAGCAGGGGAGGAAGGAGUAUUUCUCGGAGGUGAGGAUCAUAAGCCGUCUCCGGCACCGUAACCUUGUCCAACUCAUCGGCUGGUGUCAUGACGGCGGUGAGCUUCUCCUGGUCUAUGAGCUAAUGCCCAAUGGUAGCCUUGACACGCAUCUUUACAACGCAAACAAGAAGUUGUCAUGGCCCACGAGGCAUGAUAUUGUGCUUGGGAUUGGCAAUGCACUUCUAUACCUUCACCAAGAAUGGGAGCAGUGUGUUCUGCAUAGAGACAUCAAACCAAGCAACGUGAUGUUGGAUGAGUCCUUCAACGCUAAGCUCGGUGACUUCGGGCUCGCCAGGCUCGUCGAGCAUAGCAAAGGAACACACACAACGGAGCUUGCUGGCACGACAGGGUACAUGGACCCAGAGUGCAUGCGCCUGGGCAGGGCGAGCAUUGAGUCAGACAUCUACAGCUUUGGUGUAGUCCUGCUCGAGAUCUCCACCGGCCGUAGGCCCGUUGUGGUUUUGCCGGACGACUCCGUGAUCCACUUGGUGCAACGGGUGACGGAGUUGUAUGACCAAGGAAGGAUCCUUGACGCGGCCGACCCGCAGCUAAACGGGGAGUUCGACAUCCAACAAAUAGAACGUGUGAUGGUGGUCGGGCUCUUGUGCACGUGCCACGACUGGAGCCUCAGGCCUUCCAUAAGGCAGGCCAUCAACGUGUUGAGGUUCGAAGCACCAUUGCAGGACCUCCCUACCAGGAUGGUGUCGGUUAUUCCUCCAAACCCUUCUCUUCCAUUUUUACAUUCAGCAGAUGACAACUCAGGUUUGGCGGGUUGUGCUUUGGGUCUACCCAGCAACGGAAUAAAUUGA